GGAGCGCCGGGAAUGGCGGCAGCGGGAGCGCCCGGCUGGGCCCGCUGGGACACCCAGCCUCGCACAGCUUCACUGACUGCACGCUCGGAUUGCAAAGUUGCCCCCUCAGUGCGCUGCUUUUGGCUGGGGCGGGGUUAAUUUUCUUCACAGCGGCUGGCGUGCCUGGAGGGCAGUGCAAUGGCUCUCACGGUGAAAGAAUGCCUGGAGCUCCAGCUGCUGGAAGUGGAAAUGCUCCUUUCGAUGUUUCCCAAAAGAGGAGAGUUCAGUGUGGAUGCGGAUGCCGUGCCCAGCAUCCAGCGCUACCUGAAGGAUGCCGACGGAGCCCUGCCCCCACAGCUGGAAUAUCGAAUCGCUGUCGAGGUAGGGGAGGCAAAGGUAAAGGUGGAGUUGCAGGUUCUCCUUCCUCAUAUGUACCCUCAGGUGGCUCCUCAGCUUUUUGCCAGAUCAGAUGCUCUGCACAGACAGCAGCAGUUGCAGCUCAAUACUCGUCUGGCAUCUCACAUUGGCUCUCUGGAUUCAGGAGAUCUGUGUGUAUGUGAGGCUGUGCAGUGGGUGAAGGACAACACCCUGCCUCUCUUGGAAAACUGUAAGGCCUCUGAGUGUGCUUCUAAAGAAGUCAGGGUUAAGGAGAUGCUGCAUCGCAUGUGGAUCUACAGCCAUCACAUAUACAGGCAGGAGCUGAGGAAAAAGAUUUUUGACUGUGCAAAGAAGUUAAAUCUGACUGGCUUCUGCCUAACUGGGAAACCUGGUGUCAUCUGUGUGGAGGGACUCCGGGAAAACUGUGAAGAGUUCUGGCGUGUUAUUAGAUAUCCCAACUGGAAGCAUAUUUCAUGCAAGCAUGUGGAGAAUAUAGAAACGGAGGGAAGCAUUGAUAAUCUUCGUCUCUUUCACAGUUUUGAAGACCUGCAGUUUCAGGCACAUGGUGAUUAUGGCCUGAGGAAUGACUAUCACAUGGAUCUUGGUCAGUUUCUAGAAUUCCUGAAGCAGCAUCAAAGUGGACACAUUUUUCAGAUUUUAUUUGGUGUUGAAGGCAAACUUUCAGACAAUUGAAACUGUUUAUGAAGAGUUCUAAUUCUGGAGAGCAAGAGGUGUUGCUAACAUUGAAAUAUUUUGUCUUACAGCUAAUGUGAAAAGGUAAACUUUAACAUCUGAGAUAAAUGGUUCAAGUACUUAAUAUCAACUUUUGCGCUGAACUGCCAUGUAUUUUUGAGAUGUGUUCACUGAUUUUCUAAGUAUCUAAAACUGGCAUUUGUGUCUGUGAGCCAUGCCUCAAAGCAUUUGCAAGGUGAUGAACAUUCCAGCGUGUAUUAGGAAUUAUACACUUCUGUCUCUUCAUCUGUACUGUGCUGUGUGAAUUUCUUCUCACCUCAUCUCAACUUACUCUCUUUCAGUUUAAAACAUUCCCCCCUUGUGCUGUCACUACACGCACUUGUAAAAAAAGUCCCUUUCCAGCCUUCUUGUAGGCUCCCUUUAGGUACUGGAAAGUGCUAUAAGGUCUGGCCAAAGCCUUCUUUUCUCCAGGCUGAAAAAUCACAAUUCUCUCAGCCAGCUGUCAUAGGAGAGAUGCUCCAGCCCUCUGAUCAUUUUUUGUGGCCCUCCUCUGGACUUGCUCCAGCACGUCUGUGUUCCUUUUAUGUUUGCGUCCAAGAGCUGUGUGCAAUGGUCCGUUUGGGGUCUCACAGAAGUGGAGCAGAGGGUCAGAAUCACCUCCCUCAGCCUGCUGGUCAUGCUGCUUUUGAUGCAGCCUAGGAUACAGUUGGCUUUCUUGGCUUCAAGUGCACAUCACUGGCUCACGUUGAGGUUCGUGUCUACCAGUACCAAGUCACUCUCCGCAGGGCUGCUCUCAAUCCAUUCUCCACCCAGUCUGUGUUUGUGCUUGGGAUUGCCCCGACCCAGGGGCAGGACCUUGCACUCAGCUUUAAACACCAUGAGGCCUGCACAGACCCACCUCUCCAGGUCCCUCUGGAUAGCAUCCCUUCCCUCCAGUGCUCUGACUGCCCCACGUAGCUUGAUGCCAUCAGCAAAUCUGCCGGGGGUGCGUGUCACUGACAGCAAUGUUAAUAGCAACCCCUGAGGAAUGUCACUCCCACUGAUUGCCACUUGGACAUCAAGCCAUUGAGUCCAACUCUGCAACCAACCAUCCUUACCCACUGAGUGGUUCAUCCAUCAAAUCCAUGUCUCUUCAAUUAAGGAUGUCUGUCUGGUUAUGUUAGUAACAAUUUUUCAUCUGUUCAAUUCAAGGCAUUUUAUGUUUACACUGUUAGGCCAAACACCUUGGAAGUGAAAAUGGGUCAGAUGAGACAAAGUUUAGUUUUCCCCCCUACAUUACAUAAGGAAAUACAUGUAAAAUACAGAAAAUGGGAAAAAGCCCCUAUAUAUAUAUAUAUAUAUUUAAUAUUACAUAAAAAUACAAAUCAUUUGAAGAAUCCUUUCUAUGUCAAAUUAGUGUGGAGAGAAUGUUCCAGCAGCUUGUAAGAGGCAAUGCUGUUAAUGGUCCAUUAGGCAGCGUUUUCCUGCAGGGAAGCGUGCUGAGUGUGGACGUGGAUGGUGAGUGUUCCAGUUUGUAAUGCAUGAUCAUAUUUAAAUAUAAUAUGUAUCAUAUAAUGUGUAUAAAUACAAUAUGUAGUUGAAGAACACUACUGAAAAGUCCCCUUGAAGGACCACCAGCCCACCACCUCCCACUCUGUGCCUGAGUGCCUUCAUGUGAAAAGGGGUACUAAGCAAUAAGAGCAGACUCACUGCUGAGCUGCACAACUCCAACACCCUGGCACUCAACAGCAGCUGUUUAAAGACUGUGUUUCAGCACACUUAGCUGAUGAUAACAUAAAUAACAGAUAUUAUUUUAUUUCAAAUUAAAUACAAGGAAGUGUUUUAAUACCAUUCUCACAAUAGCAAUACAUUGAAAUGCAGAGGAUGGCAUUGAAAUGCAGAGUGUUUCUGGGUGCUCAGAAUAUGAUUAAUGUCUUUUCCUUCAUAGGUAGGUUGUGGUAGGUGUACUGUCAUGUGAUCAUAACUUCUGCCAAAAGCACAGUCAGGCCAAAAUGUUGACACAUUCCCAUGAGGCAGUGAGGGAGAAAGUGCCUCUCUUUCUGAAUUUGGGACCUGUAAUCUGUAGCUGUGACAGAGCUGAGGGGCUAGACAAAUAAAAUUAGUAUUCAGUUUUCUAGAGAAAAUCUCUCUAGUAAAGAUUAGAGAGAAACAGAAAUGUUCAAGUAACCUUUUUUUCCAGAACCAUCCAGAAAACAUAUUACAUUUUUCUUGGAGUAAUAAUUCCUCAUAGUCUAUUCCUGGCAUUUUGAUACUCCCUUUUUGUCAAGAACAUGGAGUUCAAGAAAUUAGGCCAAACAUUUGCAAUGGAUCAGAACAGUGGUUAUCUUGGUGGGGGAAUGAAAUCCUUGAUCUUAUACAGGACAUUACCUUAGCUAAUGUUAAACGUCAGUAUUGUUAAAUGUUAUUGUUAGUAAUGUUAAAAUGUUCUGAUUAGAUGUGAGCAAAACAUUCUGCAGGUUUGGUUCUUUUAGAAAAUUUUCAUUUCAUUACUCCACACAAGAGUGACCAGUAAGCAUUUUCUCUGGAAUAAAAUAUUCUAACCUUA